AUGUCUGAAGGUAUUAUUGAAAUCGACACUAACUUAAUCGAGACCAACUACGACCAGGUUGUCAGCACCUUCGAUGAGCUGAACCUGAAGGAGCAAAUCCUGAGAGCCGUUUUUGCUUACGGUUACGAGUUCCCAUCUGCCAUUCAAUCUCGUGCCAUUUUGCCAAUUGUUGCUGGUCGUGAUGUCUUGGCCCAAGCCCAGUCCGGUACCGGUAAGACUGCUACCUUUGCCAUCUCCGCUUUGCAGAGAUUGGAUGAGAAGCUGAAGGCUGCCCAAGUUUUGAUCUUGGCCCCAACCAGAGAGUUGGCCCUGCAGAUCAAGAAGGUUGUUUUGGCCCUCGGUAUGCACUUGAACAUCUCUGUCCAUGCCUGUAUCGGUGGUGUUGACCCAGCUUUGGAUGUCAAGGCCUUCAACUCCGGUGUUCAAAUCGUCGUUGGUACCCCAGGUAGAGUCCAAGACAUGAUCGAACGUGGAGCUUUCAGAACUGAGAACGUCAAGAUGGUCAUUUUGGAUGAGGCCGAUGAGAUGUUGUCCACUGGAUUCAAGGAGCAAAUCUACACCUUGUUCACAUUGUUACCAUCCACUACACAGGUUGUUCUUCUAUCCGCCACCAUGCCUCAAGAGGUGUUGGAGGUUACCACCAAGUUCAUGAACAACCCUAUUCGUAUCUUGGUCAAGAAGGACCAAUUGACCUUGGAAGGUAUUAAGCAAUUCUACGUCGACGUCGGUGAAGAACAAUACAAGUUCGACUGUCUGUGUGAUCUGUACGACUCCAUCUCCGUCACCCAGGCCGUUAUCUUCUGUAACACCAGACGAAAGGUCGAGGAGUUGACUGAGCGUUUGACCGCCCAGAAGUUCACCGUCUCUGCUAUCCACUCUGAGCUGUCACAAACCGAGAGAGACACCAUCAUGCAAGAGUUCAGAACCGGUUCUUCCAGAAUCUUAAUCUCCACCGACUUGCUGGCCAGAGGUAUCGAUGUCCAACAAGUCUCAUUGGUUAUCAACUACGACUUACCAUCUAACAAGGAAAACUACAUCCACAGAAUCGGUAGAGGUGGUCGUUUCGGUAGAAAGGGUGUUGCUAUCAACUUCGUCACCAGCAAGGACGUUGAGAUGAUGAAGGAGAUCGAGAAGUUCUACUCUACCCAAAUCGACGAGUUGCCAUCUUCCAUCACUGACUUGUUUGAGACUGAGGAAGUUAAUGAGUCUUAG